AAAACUCGAACGACAAAGCGGAAAUGAAAAAACCCUAGUAGAGUAAAGCCACGCAUAUCAAUCUCUCUGUUUUCUCUAGAUCCCUUUUCGGUUACGACCGUUCACAUCGUGAAUUUAAUCCCCUGGGCGGGUUAUUGUCUCUUUCUCGAGCCGUUGUUUCGUGUUCUUCGGCUGAAAUCACUGGAUUCAGCGAUUCCUGGUGUGUGCAGGUGUUCAUUUGGAUUCGUACAGCAACCAGUAAAUUUUUGCAAGAGAUAUGGAUGACUGGGAAGAUGAGAAAAUCCCACCAAUUGCUGUGAAAGCUGAACCUAAAAAUAGUUGGGAUGACGAGGAUGUGGACGAGUCGGAUAUCAAGGAAUCGUGGGAGGAUGAAGAUGAACCCGCUCCGCCACCUGUUGUAAAGGCUGCUCCCGAGAAGGCUCCCAAGAAAGCAGCAGCUAAAGGGACCGACAAGAAGGGUAAAGAAGCUGAAGCUCCAAAAGAGGAACAGUUAGAUCCUCUUGCCGAGAAACUACGCCAGCAAAGGCUCGUAGAAGAAGCUGAUUACCGAUCAACUGCUGAACUGUUUGGAAAGAAGGAUGAAGAGAAAGACCUUGAUACCUUCAUUCCCAAGUCGGAAAGCGACUUCUUGGAAUAUGCUGAGUUGCUUUCACAUAAACUUCGAGCGUUUGAGAAAAGUUAUCACUAUGUCGGGUUACUCAAGGCAGUGAUGAGACUGUCACUGACCAACGUGAAAGCGGCAGACGUCAAGGAUGUUGCUUCAUCCGUCACAGCAAUAGCGAACGAGAAACUAAAAGCCGAGAAAGAAGCUGCCGGUAAAAAGAAGACAGGUGGGAAGAAGAAACAGUUGCAUGUGGACAAACCCGACGAAGAUGUAGUCGUUGAUCCUUACGACGCUCUUGAUGAUUACGACUUCAUGUAAAAACAACAACUGCCCGCCUUUUUUUUUCCGCACAUUUGAUCAGUCAGGAGAGCCAAGUUCAGAUCGCCGGUGGUUUAUAGUUCAAUAUAAGGAAACACAGUUUUGGAGAUAUUGUCUGUCAAUGUUCUCUUAAGCUUCUUAUUGCAGCGUUUGUGGAGGAGAGGGUUCGUGUUUUGCUUUUCUGUCUGUAUAACCCUUGGAAAGAUUUUCUUCCUCUUAAAGUGUGGCUUCAUGUUUCAGACCUUGUUAUAUCCUCGUCAACUUUUUCAGUUCAAGUUACUGUUCGAAUUGAGAUGCGUUGUUGUUUGUUA